AGUUAACAGUGGAGUCUUGACUGGAAAGCGCUAUGCGAAUGCUUAUCUCUGACCGCAGUGGGAGCAGAAAAUGAGCAGCAGCUUCUAUCUCAGAGGGCUUGCGCUAAGAGUGAAUAUCUACUGGCAGAGAGGAGACUGUGAGCGCCCUCCCGGUAACAGAAGCUGAGGAGGAUGAGCCGUAAAGGAGCCCCCCUGUUCAAACAGCAGUCCACCCCCUGCCUCGGGAAGGACAUGCCGCGGCAGUUCCCAAAGAUCUCGCUGAGCGAGGUGGACGAGCAGGUGCGCCUGCUGGCGGAGAAGGUGUAUGCGUCGGCGCUGAAGGAGGAGGACACGAAGGAGGCGCUGGCCCUCUUCACCGUGCCCGAGGACUGCCCCAUCGGCCUCAACCAGGCCAAAGAGCACGAGCUGCUGAGGGAGCUGGCUGAGCAGCAGUCUGAGGAGUCCGCCAAAAGGAAGAAGAGCUUUAAGCUGAUCCGAUCCCAGUCCAUGCAGAUGCCGGUCAGCAAUGAAUGGGCCCUGUCAGUGAUCUCCCCCCUCCUCUCGCCCGUCUCCACCUGCCCCUCCAUGCCCGACAGUUUCCCAGAGUACCAGAGGGUCACCAUCAGCGGAGACUACUGUGCUGGGAUCACGGUGGAGGACUAUGAGCAAGCAGCCAAAAGCCUCUUGAAGGCCCUGCAAAUCCGGGAGAAGUACUCCAGGCUGGCGUACCAUCGCUUCCCCAGGACCACGGCCCAGUUCCUGCGCAGUGCUGAAAAUGAGAAGUGGAGUGAGGAGGAUGAGAUUCUGCCAGAAAUCUGCCCCUGCCCUCGGGACGGGGAGGACCCUUACAGCAUGGAGGAUAUCCCUGCGAACCUCGACUACCAGCUGCAGAUGAAGGACGGCAUCGUCAAUGUGUAUGACACUCCUGAAGCCUUGAAGCUGAACCAGCCCCACAGCCUGCCCUACCCUGACCUCGAGACCUUUGCCAUCGACCUCAGCCACGUCCUUGCCAUGAUCGCCGAUGGGCCCACGAAGACUUACUGCCAUAGACGCCUGAACUUCCUUGGAUCAAAGUUCUACCUUCAUGAGAUGCUCAAUGAAAUGGCUGAGCUGAAAGAGCUGAAGAGCGUACCACACAGAGACUUCUACAACGUCAGAAAGGUGGACACCCACAUCCACGCAGCGGCCUGCAUGAACCAGAAGCACCUGCUCCAGUUCAUUAAGACCACAUGUAAGACAGAGGCAGACCGCGUGGUGUUGGAGAAGAAGGGGCAAAAGAUGACCCUCAAGGAAGUGUUUGAAAAAUUGAGCAUGGAUCCCUACGACCUUACGGUGGACUCCUUGGAUGUGCACGCAGGCAGGCAAACCUUUCAUCGGUUUGACAAGUUUAACUCCAAAUACAAUCCUGUUGGAGCGAGUGAACUCAGGGAAAUCUAUUUGAAAACGGACAACUACAUGGACGGGGAAUACUUUGCACGAAUCAUUAAGGAAGUAGCACAUGACCUGGAGGAGAGUAAGUACCAGCACGCAGAGCCUCGACUCUCCAUCUACGGACGGUCUCCGGAUGAAUGGGAAAACCUGUCCCGUUGGUUUAUCCAGCACAAACUCCACUCCCCCAACAUGCAGUGGAUCAUCCAGGUUCCCAGGAUAUAUGACAUUUUCAAGUCAAGGAAGAUAAUAACCAACUUCGCCAAAAUGCUGGAGAAUAUUUUCCUGCCUUUGUUUGAGGCCACAGUCAAUCCUCAGAAGCAGAAGGAGCUACAUGUCUUUCUGAAAUAUGUAACCGGAUUCGACAGCGUUGAUGACGAAUCCAAGCACAGCGACCACCUGUUUUCCUACAAGAGCCCCAAGCCAGAGGCGUGGACAUCUGACAGCAACCCGCCCUACAGCUACUACCUCUUCCACAUGUACGCCAACAUCAUGGUGCUCAACAACCUGCGCAGGCAACGAGGCCUUAACACCUUCCAGUUCCGCCCACACUGUGGAGAGGCGGGGUCCAUCACGCACCUGGUCACUGCCUUCCUCACCGCAGACAACAUCUCCCACGGACUCAACCUCAAGAAAAGCCCUGUGCUGCAGUACCUGUACUACCUGGCACAGGUGCCCAUCGCCAUGUCUCCCCUUAGUAACAACAGCCUCUUCCUGGAGUACUCCAAGAACCCCCUCAGAGAGUUCCUGCACAAGGGCCUGUGCGUGUCCCUCUCCACUGAUGACCCCAUGCAGUUCCAUUACACCAAGGAGGCCCUGAUGGAGGAAUACGCCAUCGCAGCGCAGCUGUGGAAGUUCAGUACCUGUGAUGUGUGUGAGAUCGCCAGGAACAGCGUGCUGCAGAGUGGCCUGUCCCACCAGGAGAAGAAGCACUUCCUGGGGCACAACUACCGGAAGGAUGGGCCCGAGGGCAACGACAUCCGGCGGACCAACGUGGCACAGAUCCGCAUGGCGUACCGGCACGAGACGCUGUGCAACGAGCUCAGCUUCCUGGCGGAUGCUGUGAGGCCCGAGGUGGUGGUCACACAAGCACAGUGACCACAGUGACCACACUGACCACGUCCCAUACAGCGCAAACUGGAUUAUACCGGCCAGAGCUGGACGAUUAGAAUUUUACACACGUAUAUCUUAGCCCUUUAAACUGUUUAUCUGGCAACCCUAUGCCAAAGAAUACUUCUGAAUUCCAUGCCCCUAAAUCCACCUCUGGGUCCUCACUGCGUACCGUGACAUGGAGGGCCACGAGGAAAGGGAUGAGGGACUGGUUUUGGAAUGCAUCCAAACUUGAUUCUGUGAAAGGUUAAGAAUUGCUUCCUUGGCGUGUCCAACUCCGUACACCUGGAGUUUCACAGAGCUGCUCUAGAACCGCUUAAAUGCAAACCUACAUCAAUGCAUGUAACAACUUGGUUAUUAUAGGAUGAAGCACCAUUUUCAAGGUACAGGACAUGCUCAGAGCUUCCUUAUCUUUCACUGCCUGUAGGGUCAUGUAGUACACGGCUAGCCAGCAUGCAAAAUCGCAGCUGUUUACAAAACAUUACAACAUUACUACUGCAUACUAAAGACUUUCCUGUGAUAUUUGCUUUACUACCCACAUUUACGUUUUACUACAUUUUGUUGCCAUUGUUUUAUGAGUAAAAGCAUGUACACUGUACAAUACACGUAGCCUUAACUUUGAGCUUGAUGCCACUGUAAGAGAUUUGUAGUGUGCAAGGCUAUGAGUUGCUAUGCAACAGAGGAACAACACUAAGUUGUCCCAGUUAUCCCACGAUUGUGUUGACUCAAAGUGCAGUCAACAUGGUUUCGGACAUGGGUGUGCUUCCACUCCACUUAAGUUGUUGCAAAAGUCAAUUCCUGUAAUAGCUUGUGUUUAAAAAAAAAAAAAAAAAAAAAAACCCUGUAAAAUGUUGUGCAUCUUAGAGGGUGAAAAUAUAACCAUAUUACGGAGGUCUUGCAUGCAAUUCCUUCAGCUUUUGUUUUAGGAAAACUGUAUAGAAGUUACAAGCCAAAAAACAUGUAUUUUAUGAGAAUAGUUCAUUAUUCCAUCCUUAAAAAAAAUGCUGAGAGAUGAAUGGUCUGUCAUACAGUUGCUCAGGAGAAUGGAACAUUGCUUUAGUGGUGCAGAAUGAGGGCUGGUACAUUUCCACCACCACUGUUCCACACACACACACACACACACACACAAAAUGACAGAUAAGUAAAUGCCUGGCAUAGCGCUGGCCAUAGAAGGCAGAGCAAUGGAGAGCACACUUACAGCCCUUAUUUUCACUGCAACUUCACAUAAGGACUAGAACAGGGCCAAUCCUAGUCCUGGGGAGCCGUAAGGUCACCUGGUUAUUGUUUUCACCUUAAACACAAGACCGUUUUAAACCCAAGAAAGCAGGCGAGGUGAGUUAAGUUAAAGCAGUCCAUUACAGUUAAGUGGAUUACAACGAAAAACAACAGAAUUUACACAGGAACUGGUUUGCGGAAGUAAGUUUUAUUUGCUUUUAGUCAGCAAAUGUGUGCAAUGUGUGUGUUUUUUAUUUUUUAAUGGCAGCAUAACAGCACUUUGUAUGCAUUAUUAAACAUUUUCAGUUGUACCAUAUGAAAGAUUGAAAACACCCGCCCCCCCCUUAAAGGAGCGGCUUUAUUUAAUAAGGGAGGGCAAUCACAAUCACUUCCUUCCCUUCCCCAUUACUGUAACAUUACUGUACCUCUUCGCUUUCUUCACUCUUGCCAAUUGUGUGUAUUUCCAUAAAAGCUAUAUUUCUUCCUGAAAUUAAAGGUUUUCUAAGAAAA